AAAAGCCUGGAAUGAUUGAUUUUGCCUUUACUUAGUCUAAAUUCUUGUUGGAUAUCACGCCUUUGGUUGUGUAAGUCUGAUUGUUUGUUACACUUAAAAGCUUUUCAAUCGUAUGUUUCUUUCUGGCACAUGAUUACAUGCAGAAAUCAAACACACUGGUGUCAUCUGCAAACUCAAUCAGUUUUACAGAGUCACUGUUAGAAAUGCAUUCAUUGGUGUAGAGCAGGGGUCAUCAACCCUAGUCCUGGAGAUCUGUCUUCCUGCAGAUUCUAGUUCCAGCUCCAGUCUACAACACCUGCUCCAUCUAAUCAACUUCUUCAAAAGUCCUUCAUUGGAUGGAUCUGCUUCCUUAUUGUGAGAAUGAUCUUGUGCUGCAAAUCUUCUGCUCCUCAUGUCCACUUUCUUGUAUAAAUCUAACUGACUUUUGCAAGCAUAUCACGCAACACCAACAAAAGGAAUUUGUCACCUUUGAAAUUUGGAAAGAUGAAAUCUGAGGACAUGGUGUCUGGAAACUCCAGCACUCCAAAAACAUCCUCUGCUGCUAUCCACACAAACGCAUCUCCCAGAGAAACACAGAAGAUUACAGGAAAAGAAAAAAAUCACCACUGUUCAGACUGUGGGAAGAGUUUUACUAGACUGUGUAAUCUCCAAAGGCACCAGCGCAUUCACACAGGAGAGAAACCGUAUCACUGCUCAGAAUGCAGACAGAGUUUUAGAGACAGUGGUUCCCUCAAGACACACCAGCAUGUUCACACAGGAGAGAAACCGUAUCACUGCUCAGAGUGUGGAAAGAGUUUUAGUGUACAAAGUCAUCUCCAAACACACCAGCGCAUUCACACAGGAGAAAAACCAUAUUACUGCUCAGAGUGUGGGCAGAGUUUUAGUAGACAAAAUCAUCUCCAAAUACACCAGCGCAUUCACACCGGAGAGAGACCGUAUCACUGUUCAGAGUGUGGACAGAGUUUUAGUAGACAGAGUCAUCUCAGAAGACACCAGCGCAUUCACACAGGAGAGAAACCGUAUCACUGCUCAGAGUGUGGACAGCGUUUUAGUGUACAAAGUUAUCUCCAAACACACCAGCGCAUUCACACAGGAGAGAAACCGUAUUACUGUUUUGAGUGUGGACAGAGUUUUAGAGAAAGUGGUGCCCUCAAGAGACACCAACGCAUUCACACAGGCGAGAAACCGUAUCACUGCUCAGAGUGUGGAAAGUAUUUUAAUCAGCUGAUUCAUCUCCAAAUACACCAGCGCAUUCACACAGGACAGAGACCGUAUCACUGCUCAGAGUGUGGACAGAGUUUUACUAGACAAGGUCAUCUCCAGUCACACCAGCGCAUUCACACAGGACAGAAACCAUAUCACUGCUCAGACUGUGGGCAGAGUUUUAGUGAAAGUGGUGCCCUCAAGAAACACCAACGCAUUCACACAAGACAGAAACCAUAUCACUGCUCAGAGUGUGGAAAGUAUUUUAGUCAGCUGAGUAAUCUCCGAAAACACCAGCGUAUUCAUACAAGGUAGAAACCGUAUCACUGCAUUGAAGAAUAUCAUGCAUUCAAAUUUAAAGACACUUAAAUGAAAUACAAACUGCAUGUCGCAUCAAAAACAAUAAUGAUUUUGAUGAUUUGGGGCUGCAACCUGGGCCCAGAAAUUGGUGUUUCUGGUGUUCAGAGAGCAUGAUGGUGAUUCAGGGCUAGAUUGAUGUUGUGACACCAAACAGACAGAUCAUGUACACUAUAUUGCCAAAAGUAUUCACUCACCCAUCCAAAUCAUUGAAUUCAGGUGUUCCAAUCACUUCCAUGGCCACAGGUGUAUAAAACCAAG